AUGGCUCUCAUUCGACCCUCUGUCCGGGCUCUGCCGCGACGAUGCCUGAUCAUCCACCGCAACUCAACAACACCAAAGGACAAAAAGAAAGGCCCCUUGACAGGCAUCACAGUUGUCAGUCUCGAACAAGCCAUUUCAGCACCAUUCUGCACCCGCCAACUGGCUGAUCUCGGCGCUCGCGUCAUCAAAAUCGAACGCCCCAAGGUGGGCGACUUUGCCCGCAACUAUGACACCCGCGUCAACGGCCUCUCUUCGCACUUUGUCUGGACCAACCGGUCAAAGGAGAGCCUGGCGCUCAAUGUCAAGAACCCACGCCAUCAUCGCAUACUCAUGCGACUGCUCUCCCGCGCAGAUAUAUUAGUCCAGAAUCUCGCCCCGGGAGCAAGCGCCCGACUAGGCCUGUCAUUCGCAGACUUAUCAGAAAAGCACCCCUAUCUGAUCGUCUGCAACAUCUCGGGCUAUGGGCCCGAUGGGCCUUACCGCGACAAGAAAGCGUACGAUCUCCUCAUUCAAAGCGAGGCCGGUCUACUCUCCGUCACCGGGACGGGUACCGAGCGGCGAAAGUCGGCAUCUCGAUUGCGGACAUCUGCGCGGCGUGAAAAGGACCCUGAGCGCCAUGGACGCAAUAUCGACAUCUCCAUGCUGGAGAGCAUGGUCGAGUGGAUGGGAUUUCCCAUGUACUAUACCUACGGGGGCCAGCCGGGCCCGAUCCCUGCGGGUGCGUCCCAUGCGGCGAUCUAUCCGUAUGGGCCAUUCGAAACGGGCAAGGGGACGGUCAUGCUGGGGAUCCAGAAUGAGCGGGAGUGGGCUAAGUUUUGCGAGAUGGUGCUGGAGAAGCCGGAGAUGGCGAUGGACGAGCGCUUCUCUAAUAAUUCCUUGCGGGUGAAGAAUCGGGCUGAAUUGAGGGAGACAAUCUGUAACGUGUUCACAUCUUACUCUACCGAGGGGAUAUUACGGCGCCUGGAUGAGGCGGUGAUUGCGAAUGCCAGCGUGAACGAUAUGCAAGGCGUAUGGAACCAUCCGCAAUUGAGAGCCAGGCAGCGCUGGACGCAGGUACAGACCUCUGCGGGGACUGUGCCAGCGCUGUUUCCUCCGGGAAUGGGGCCAGAUGGGUUUGAAGCUCAAAUGGGUGCAGUGCCAGAGGUCGGACAGCAUAACGAGGCCAUAUUAGCUGAAUUGGGGAUGGAUAUGGACCUAGACUAG